CUUUAUCGUUGCAAGAAUACUCAACCCUUAAUCUUGAAUCGAGGCACCCUUCAUGAGCCUUCAUCUUUCUAAAUGGCUGCACAGAAGCCUAAUAAUAUCCUCUACUCCCCGUUGCGUACCCUAGAUUAUGUCUCCGAUCGCGCUCUCGAUGGCUUUGAUCAUCAUCGACCUGCAAUCGCUCGCCUCGCAUUAUCGGCAGCCCUACUUGUCAUAGGCACUCUCAUGGUGCUGGGCCUAUACACUACGAUCGCAUCGGCAACGACGGACACCACAGACGCUGAAAGCGUUAGCUUUAAGCUCUACAAGAAUACUCGUUUUGCAGAAUGUGUCGCCACUCCUGCGGAAAGUGCCAACUGUACUUUUGUCAUGACCGACCUUGGAGGAUUGAAGAUCGAAGGUCAACAACGUUGGCUGAAUAAAUUGACCUAUUCUAGAGGUCUAGAUGCGUUGGAGUACGAUUGGUGCAGCCUUGCAAGCUGCUUAGGCGGAUACAAAAUCGUCCCCUCUGAGCCACUCCAGUCAGCCUACGGAUAUUCUGGACUCAUCGUUUGGAUACAGAUUCUGAUGUGUAUCACGACGGGCCUGUGGGCAACGCGAUGCUUUUUCCCUCGUGGGCGGUGCGAUGGAAGAGGCUGUAAGGGAUUUGGCAUUCUCGACUACUUAUCCGGUCUGUUUGACGUGGCCAUGUGGGGCUUCUGGUGGUACUCUUUCAUUGUAAUGGCGAUCGACCCGAAAGACCACACACCGGUCUCAAUAUUCGCCUGGUUUAGCACAUGGCGUUUUGCGGUGCAGCUCAACUUUCAUCCCUAUGCCUGCCGCAUAGGCACCAAAAGUGGUGGUGGAAAACUCUUUAUCCGGAUCAUGAUCACCCUUGCUCUAAUCCAGUUUGCUCUUACCUGCUACGCCAUGCAAAUCAAGUGGGGAGACAUCGGUGGUAAACCCAAUGGCAGCGACGUCAAGUACCGUUGUUUGGAGUCGGAGAUCGCUGAAGCCCCUGGAACCUCGUUAUGCACGCCGCAAAAGCUGUGCUCUAUGGAUUGGCUCUUCAGCAACGCCGAGUGGGUGACUGGACCAGACGCCAUUUACAACCCAACUCCAUCACAAUUUAUCGCGUUCGGCGGACUUACGAUCUCGAUAGCCAUCUUCGUCUUCAUGUCGCUUCUCUUCAGCAGUGUCUUCGGUAGUGGACCAAGGCUCCUUGAUUUCGACUCAACACGUGCCCAGGGUACGUUGAAAUAUUUCGCAGCAUUUGUAGCGCCGUAUGGGAUUCUCUUGGGAAUAAUGCUGUGGUAUAGUGUUAGUGUGCUAAAGGAUUUCUUCAGCCCGCCAUACAAAGCCAACCGUGAGGGACCGGUAGCUUACGACGUGCAGUGUCAGGCGGUUCACAUCUUGGUUAGUCCCUGGAAGUAUUAUCUUGAUGUUGACAACAGCUACAGAGUUCUGCGGGUUGUCAGGGCUUGGUUCAACGCCUAGUUAUUAGGUUAUGGAAUAGUUAGUAAUAUUACAUUUCACUCUGAC